AUGGUCGGCAUGUUUUCGGUGCGCUCCAUCUGGCCAACCGAUGAAGAACGGAAAGCCGCUGUUAGUGAGCUGUACAAUUUCAAAACAUUGCGUAAACGGAAAUGGCUCCAGGAUGUGCUUCUUGAGGAAUCAGAUUCGGAUUCGGAUGGCGAGUUCCCGUUCACUCUACCUGAUUUGCACACCAUUGUGAAGGUUUUCUUUUUUUCUUAUUUCCGACAUUUAAAAAACCUUCAAUGUAAUAGCCCGUUUUUUUAAUU